AUGUCGCGGAGGAAGCAAGCGAAGCCUCAACAUUUCCAAUCCGACCCCGAAGUGGCCUCGCUCCCCCGGCGAGAUGGAGACACAGAGAAGGGUCAACCCAACCGCACCGCUAAGAGCAAGGAUGCCCACGUCUGCGGCCGCUGCUGCGCCGAGUUCUUUGAAUUGUCAGAUCUUCUGCUCCACAAGAAGAACUGUACUAAAAACCAACUAGUUUUAAUUGUAAAUGAAAGUCCAGCGUCCCCACCUGAAACCUUCUCCCCCAGCCCCGCUCCGGAUCAUCCCGAGGAACAGAUGAACGACACAGCUAACAAAACAGAGCAAGGAGACUGCAGUGACCUGGCGGAACCCCGUGGACCAGACAGGGAAGAGUCCAUGGAGGUGGAGGCCCCAGUGGCCAACAAAGGCGCCAGUGGCCCCCUGAGCAGCGGUGGCGAUAGCAGUGCCCCCCCAAGCUGCAGCAGCAGCAGCUCCUGCCCAGGUACCUCAGCGAUCACAACCUCUCUACCUCAACUCGGGGACCUGACGACACUGAGCAACUUCUCCGUGAUCAACAGCAACGUCAUCAUCGAGAACCUCCAGAGCACCAAGGUGGCGGUGGCCCAGUUCUCCCAGGAAGCGAGGUGCAGUGGGGCCUCCGGAGGCAAGCUGGCCGUCCCAGCCCUGAUGGAGCAGCUCUUAGCUCUGCAGCAGCAGCAGAUCCAUCAGCUGCAACUGAUCGAACAGAUUCGUCACCAAAUAUUGCUGUUGGCUUCUCAGAACACAGACUUGCCAACAUCUUCUAGUUCUUCUCCAGGUACUGUACGGACAUCUGCCAACCCCUUGUCCACACUCAGCUCCCAUUUAUCUCAGCAGCUGGCGGCGGCAGCUGGGUUAGCACAGAGCCUCGCUAGCCAAUCUGCCAGCAUCAGCGGUGUGAAACAGCUCCCCCCCAUGCAGCUACCUCAGAGCAGUUCUGGCAACACCAUCGGUCCACCCCACAGCGGCUCUUCCCCCAGCGUUCACAUAUUGGCGGCGGCAGUUCCCACCCCAUCCUCGGAAAAAGUGGCUUCGAGCGCGGGCGCCUCCCACGCCCAUGCCGGCAACCCCGCAGUCGCGGCAUCCUCCUCACCAGCUUUUGCAAUAAGCAGUCUAUUGAGUCCUGCAUCGAAUCCACUUCUACCUCAGCCGGCCCCUGCUAACUCGGUUUUCCCCAGCCCUUUGCCCAACAUCGGAACGACGGCAGAGGAUUUAAACUCCUUGUCUGCCUUGGCCCAGCAAAGAAAAAGCAAGCCACCAAAUGUCACUGCCUUCGAAGCAAAAAGCGCUUCGGACGAGGCCUUCUUCAAACACAAGUGCAGGUUCUGUGCGAAGGUCUUCGGAAGCGACAGUGCCUUGCAGAUCCACCUCCGUUCCCACACCGGAGAGAGGCCGUUCAAGUGCAACAUCUGCGGGAAUAGGUUCUCCACCAAGGGGAACCUCAAAGUCCACUUUCAGCGCCACAAAGAGAAAUACCCUCAUAUCCAGAUGAACCCCUAUCCCGUGCCUGAGCAUUUGGACAACAUCCCGACCAGUACCGGCAUCCCCUACGGCAUGUCCAUUCCUCCAGAAAAGCCGGUCACCAGCUGGCUAGACACCAAACCGGUCCUGCCCACUCUGACCACUUCAGUCGGCCUGCCGUUGCCCCCGACCCUCCCGAGCCUCACCCCCUUCAUCAAGACCGAAGAGCCAGCCCCCAUCCCCAUCAGCCACUCUGCCGCCAGCCCCCCGGGCUCCGUCAAAAGCGACUCCGGGGCUCCCGAGCCGGCCUCGAGAAACCCGGGUGGGCUCCCAGAGGAAGCGGAAGGUUCCACCGGGCCCCCCUCCAGUGGCAAAAGCGAAGAGAGCAGCGUGGUCCCCGGCUCAGCCCCAACGGUGAGCAGUGGCCUGCUGAGCUCCCUAGCGUCCGACGUCGGCCCAGGCAGUGCCUCGACUUUCACCAACCCUUUGUUGCCGCUCAUGUCCGAGCAGUUCAAGGCGAAGUUUCCUUUUGGGGGACUCUUGGACUCAGCCCAGGCCUCAGAGACAUCCAAGCUUCAGCAGCUGGUCGAAAACAUUGACAAGAAGGCCACUGACCCCAACGAGUGUAUCAUCUGCCACCGGGUCCUCAGUUGUCAGAGCGCCUUGAAGAUGCACUACCGCACCCACACCGGGGAGAGGCCCUUUAAGUGUAAGAUCUGUGGCCGGGCUUUCACCACGAAAGGGAACCUGAAAACCCAUUACAGUGUCCAUCGUGCUAUGCCCCCUCUCAGAGUCCAGCAUUCCUGCCCCAUCUGCCAGAAGAAGUUCACGAACGCCGUUGUCCUACAGCAGCACAUCCGAAUGCACAUGGGGGGCCAGAUCCCCAACACCCCGGUCCCUGACAGCUACCCCGAGUCCAUGGAGUCUGACACGGGCUCCUUUGAUGAGAAAAAUUUUGAUGACCUAGACAACUUCUCCGAUGAAAACAUGGAAGACUGUCCUGAGGGCAGCAUCCCAGACACACCCAAGUCCGCGGAUGCGUCCCAAGACAGCCUGUCUUCCUCGCCUUUGCCUCUAGAGAUGUCGAGCAUUGCUGCUUUGGAAAACCAGAUGAAGAUGAUCAAUGCCGGCCUGGCGGAGCAGCUGCAGGCCAGCCUGAAGUCAGUGGAGAACGGGUCCGUCGAGGGGGACGUCCUGACCAACGACUCGUCCUCGGUGGGUGGUGACAUGGAGAGCCAAAGUGCUGGCAGCCCGGCCAUCUCAGAGUCUACCUCCUCCAUGCAGGCUCUGUCCCCAUCCAACAGCACCCAGGAAUUCCACAAGUCACCCAGCGCCGAGGAGAAGCCACAGAGAGCAGGGGCAAACGACUUUGCCAAUGGUUUGUCUCCCACCCCAGUGAACGGUGGGGCUUUGGAUUUGACAUCUAGUCACACAGAGAAAAUCAUCAAAGAAGAUUCUUUGGGGAUCCUCUUCCCUUUCAGAGACCGGGGUAAAUUUAAAAACACUGCUUGCGACAUUUGUGGCAAAACCUUUGCUUGUCAGAGUGCCUUGGACAUUCACUACAGAAGUCAUACCAAAGAGAGACCAUUUAUUUGCACAGUCUGCAAUCGUGGCUUUUCCACCAAGGGUAAUUUGAAGCAACACAUGUUGACACAUCAGAUGCGAGAUCUACCAUCACAGCUCUUUGAGCCCAGUUCCAACCUUGGCCCCAAUCAGAACUCAGCGGUGAUUCCCGCCAACUCGUUGGCGUCUCUCAUCAAGACAGAGGUCAACGGCUUCGUGCAUGUGACGACUCAGGACAGUAAGGACACCCCCACCAGUCACGUCCCUUCUGGGCCUCUGUCAUCGUCCGCCACGUCCCCAGUUCUGCUCCCAGCUCUGCCCAGGAGGACCCCCAAACAGCACUACUGCAACACGUGUGGCAAGACCUUCUCCUCGUCGAGUGCCCUGCAGAUUCACGAGAGAACUCACACUGGAGAGAAACCCUUUGCUUGCACUAUUUGUGGAAGAGCUUUCACAACGAAAGGCAAUCUUAAGGUACACAUGGGCACUCACAUGUGGAACAGCACCCCUGCCCGCCGGGGUCGCCGGCUCUCCGUGGAUGGCCCCAUGGCAUUCCUAGGAGGCAAUCCCGUCAAGUUCCCCGAAAUGUUCCAGAAGGAUUUGGCGGCCAGGUCAGGAAGUGGGGAUCCUUCCAGUUUCUGGAAUCAGUAUGCAGCAGCGCUCUCCAACGGGCUGGCGAUGAAGGCCAACGAGAUCUCGGUCAUUCAGAACGGCGGCAUCCCUCCAAUUCCUGGAAGCCUGGACAGUGGGAGCAGCUCACCUAUUAGUGGGCUGACGGGAAACCUGGAGAAGCUCCAGAACUCAGAGCCCAGUGCGCCCCUGGCUGGCCUGGAGAAGAUGGCAAGCAGCGAGAAUGGAACCAACUUCCGUUUCACCCGCUUCGUGGAAGACAGCAAAGAGAUCGUCACAAGUUAA